UUCUCGGUUCUCGGAAACAGCGUCAGAGUGAGAGCUCUGUCCUGUCUCCUCCUCUGUACUGCACUCCUCUCUGUUAGCUGCUCCGUCUCCACCGCUAGCUUAGCCUGCUAGCUAGCAGCCCAGGUAAACAUGGCUAUGUCGCAGGCUCUGUCAGAGGAGGAGUUUCAUCGGAUGCAGGCUCAGCUGCUGGAGCUGCGGACUCAGAACUAUCAGCUGUCUGAUGAUCUCAGGAAGAACACGGCAGAGCUGAAUGCCGUCCGUCAGAAGAAUGUGGUUCUGGAAAGAGAUUUUGUCAAAGCGCAGAAGGCUCUGAAUAAGAGCAAGAAAGCUCAGGAGGUGGAUGCGUUGCUUAGUGAGAACGAGAUGCUUCAGGGGAAACUCCACAGUCAGGAGGAAGAUUUCAGGCUACAGAACAGCACGCUGAUGACUGAGCUCUCCAAGCUGUGUACACAGAUCGAACAGCUGGAACAGGAGAAUCAGGGCCUGAAGGAAGGAGGAGGAGCCUCUGCACCCGCUGCCCCGCCCAACCCCGCCUCAAGUCCUGUCGAUGGAGAAUUGCUUCGCCUCCAAGCUGAAAACUCCACCCUCCAGAAGAAAAUGAAAGCCCUCCAGGAGCGCUAUGACAAAGAGUUGCAGAGACAGGUGGUCGCCCAGGGCAACCAGAGCGCUACCACGGAGACCGACGGGUCAGCCAGCGCCAAUGGAGUCUCUGAUGUCACAGGGAGAGGGGAGGAGCCAGCAGCAGAGGGAACCAGUGAGAGACUGGAACAGACGGAGACUCAGCUGGAACAGACAGAGAAGCAGCUACAUGGCCUGUCAGAGAAGAGCGUAGAGAAGAUUGUAGCUAAGCAGGCAGCGCUAGGCUGGUCGGCUGCUCUCUGUCCAAUAACUCACUGCUUUGGACCAGAGCUGGAGAUGGCACUGAACACCGAGCAGGAGGAGAAGAGGCUGCUGAGGGAGCAGAUCCACAACCUGGAGGCGUCCAAACAGGCUGAAAUCACCAAGCUACAGGAAGAGAUAACAAAGCUCUCUGAUAAGUUAAAGAAGAAGCAGGAGAGUUUUCAGCGUCUGCAGGGAGAGAAGGAGGCUCUGUACAAUGACAGCAGGACAAAGAUCGAUGAGAUCAACCAGAGGAAAGAAGAGGAGCUGAAGGCCAUGAACCUCCGCAUCCAGAAACUACAGUCAGACCUCAUGACAGCCAAUCAGCUGACAGCAGAGCUGAGAGAGCAGCUGCAGAGCAAGGAGAAAGAGCAUGAACUGGCUCUGCACACUUUGAAAGACCAGGUAGCCAGUCAGAGUGCAGUCAGUCAAGAGCAGGUGGACAACAUCCUGCAAGAGAACGAUGCUCUGAGGACAAACCUAGCAGCUUUAGAACAGAUCCAGACGGUAAAGACGCAGGAGAUGAAUCUGUUGCGUGAGCAGCAGGAGGCGUUGACGGCUGAGCUGCAGCAGAGACGAGCUGAACAGGAGAGUCUGUUAGCUCAAAGAGACGACCUGGACUCCCAGCUGCAGGAGUCGAGUUUUGCCAAUAGGAAGUUGUUGGAGCAGUUAACAGAAGAAGGACAAGAGAAGGACAGACUGCUGAGAGAGCUGGAUGAGGCUAAGAAGACAGCAGAGAAGAGGAAGGCCAUGUUGGAUGACAUGGCUAUACAGCUGAACCAGGAGAAGUCCGACCACAAGGAGGCGCUGUCAGACCUCAAACUGCAGCACGAGAAGGAGGUUCUUGGGGUGAGGGCUCGGUAUGAGAAGGAGCUCAGAGGACUCCAUGAAGACAAGAAUCGCUCUGAGGAGGAGAUCCGACAGCAGCUAAGAGAUGAGAAGGCUCGGACUAAAGAGCUGGAGGGUCUUCAGCCGAAGGUGGAGGAGCUACAGGCUCAGGUUCAGUCCAUGGAGGGAACCAAAGGCUGGUUCGAGAGACGACUCAAGGAGGCCGAGGAGAACAUAGAGAAGAACUCUCUGGAACAUCAAGAGGAGAUCAAGCAGCUGCAGAGAGAACACACACUUCAGCUGGAGGAGAAGCAGUCAGAGAUGGAGGGACUGAAGCAGCAGCUGGUGGAGGUGGAGAAACAGAAGGAUGAACACGGUGACACCAUUGGAAAACUCAGACAGGAGAUAAAGGACACUGUGGACGGUCAGAGGAUCCUGGAGAAGAAAGGAAGUGCAGCGCUGAAAGACUUGAAGCGGCAGCUGCAGCUGGAGAGGAAGCGAGCGGACAAACUGCAGGAGAGACUCCAGGAGAUACUGACCAACAGCAAGACCAGGACAGGUCUGGAAGAGCUGGUUCUGUCAGAGAUCAACAGUCCCAGUCGGACUCAGCAAACCGGAGACUCGUCCUCCGUCUCCUCCUUCUCCUACAGGGACAUGAUGAAGGAGGCUCAGCCGGCCAAUCAAAACAAGUCCGGAGGAGGCAGUCCUCAGUCCAACCGUCCGGCCGAACUGUCUGAUGACGAGGUCGGAGAGUUGUUCCAGCGUCUCGCUGAGGUUCAGCAGGAGAAGUGGAUGCUGGAGGAAAAGGUGAAACAUCUGGAGGUCAGCUGCUCGUCGAUGGCUGAGGACAUCUGCAGGAAGAGCGCCAUCAUAGAGACAUAUGUGAUGGACAGCCGCAUAGAUGUGUCGGGCAGUGCCUUUGGAGGUCACGGAGGCUCUCAGGGAGACAGAGGUGGUCUGGGUUCAGUCCUUAGAGAUCUGGUCAAACCAGGAGACGAGAACCUGAGAGAGAUGAACAAGAAGCUGCAAAACAUGUUGGAAGAGCAGCUGACCAAGAACAUGCACCUGCAGAAGGACCUGGAGGUUUUGUCCCAGGAAUUAGUCCGUCUCAGUAAAGAGAACAGUCCUGGUGUCGGAGCAACUGGGUCAGGAUGAGACCAUGACCUGGAUCCAUCCGUCCUUCCCUCCCCCCUCACCACUAUUGUUCUUCUCAGCUGGACGGUGUGGGCUGGGCUCAGACUAACACCUGGAACCAGUAUUUCUUUCUUUCCAUAUUCAUGACCUAAGACCUGCUGUUGGCUCUGACUGCUGUCUGGAGCUGUUACGAUUUCACCACUUCAGUCUGCCUGCUGGGCUAUGACUAAGUGCUGGAAUUCGUCAAUUUAUUGUUUCUCAAUGACAAGAGAAAACAGUAAGUUAUAAAGACCAGAGAGAAUGGAAACAUCAAAAGUUGCGCUCAGCUCAUUUAUGUUGCUUUUGAAUGUACUGUAAUUAGACUGCACCACUCUGUCAAGUCCUGGCUACAACCUGGAAACCACACAAUGUAACAGACUUAUGAUUUCUAUUGUAACGGACUGUAAAUGUCUGCUAAUGCCGUUUCUGGUGUCUGUUGGGUCCUGGCUAUGUCAUGGAAAACACAGUCCUGGUAUCUGAACUGACUGAAUUAGUUAUUUUAAUGGUUUCUAUGUGUAGUAACUCUGUUGUGAUCUGGCUAUUUCCUGGGCUUCCUGUCUGCAACAAAGUCAUUACUGAAAACUUGGGGCCUGUCUAUGUCCUGGACUGUCUGACCUGUUACUGACAGUUUUCUUUCCUAGAGCUUUCAGUCACAACCUUCAGCAGCAGAUCAUUUAGUCAUGUCACAUGACUGACAGUCCCAUGUUCAGGUCAGGUGAUGAGGAUUAAUCCAGUGACUCUUCAUCACAACUGAGUCUUUUCCGUCACUUAGAUCUAGACAAUUCUGUUUCCACAUUUGUCUGACGACAGACACACACACGUGUUAAUCAGGUGUGUUAGUGAGCAGACGCCAGCAGUUGAUUGAUGUUUUUUAUGUUUGUGUCAGGCUGUGGCUAUUUUCUGGACUAAGCUCCUGUCACAUCUGUCUUACAUGUCAAACCUUCUGUGUCUUUGGCAUCAUAGCCACAACAUGGAGCUAAUUUGCAUCUCUCCUUUUAUUUAUUACUCCUCAGACACUCUGGGAUGCAGAAAGGCUCCUGUCACUUGUAUGAUGAGGGAUGUUUAACAGGAUCAGGACGUGUCAUUUCAAGGUUUUAUACAAAAGACAAAUUCAUGAACUCAUCUGUUUAUUAUGAACAUAUAAAAAAUGAAUUUAAGUCAUUUUUACAUUAAAAUAUCAAAUAUCAAUAAUUAGGUUCAAUGGCUGAAAGUUUGAUCUUAAAAUUAAGUUAAAAUCAGGUCUGCACUACUCACUGGGACUGAGAAAGUAAAUUAGAGGAUAAUUUGGUUUCAAAAGUUCUGCUGCUUUUAAAACAUUGGAUUUGAGUAAAAAUCUGAUGAUGAGUUUAAGUGUUUAGUUUUUUCUUUGUGACUUCUGUCUGGAAAUAUGAGAAUUAAUGAGAUCACAGCUCUGAUCCAGCACCAUUGGGCAUCCAUCCUCUCUGACAUGUGAUUCAGUUCAACCUGGGAUGCAAAAUGGCUCAAUGAAAACUAAAUGAUUUUCGGUGUCUUUGCUUUUGUUUGGUUUUUGAUGAUUCAUCUCUUUAUCUCCGAGGCCGUGUCUGUCUUGGAUUACAUAAAUGUAAUUUCUCCCUCACUGUUAACUUUUUGUGACUCUUUCCAUCCUUACCGGCGACACCAAAUGGUGCAGAAAAAAAGUGAAAUUAUCAUCUUUGGUUGCUUUUUUGUGACUUAAGUUCUUUUAUCUUUCUGUCGGGCUGGGCCUACUUCCUGCUUGAGAGAACAUAUCUUAUUAUUUUGUCUUUAAAUCUGCUUCUGUGAUUUUGUAAAAAAUAGAACUUUAACUUUGAAAGUGAACGACAAACACUUCCUGUCUGUUCUGCUUUUUCUUUGUUCUCCUGGACUCUUGGAUUUAUUUUUAUGUUUGCGACAUGGCCCCUGACUGCGCCCAGGAUUACACUCUGCACCAGGAUGGCUCCUGCUGACCCAGCUCUGACUAUAUCCUGGACAUUGUGUUAUGCUGUAACAAUAUGCCCGUACAUCUCUGCUUUAUUUUUGUUUGUACACUGCAGAAAACGUCUACCUCAGUCUGAGGGAAAGACUCUGAACCAGUGAGAGGAGCUGGACUUGUUGACAGAGCAGCUUCACUCGUUCACACAAACAAGUAUCUCAUGUAGAUCCUUUAGACCAAACUUUAAAUACAUUAUUACAUAUUUAACACAUGAAUGAACAAUAGAAAAUCAAAAAAUAUUAAAAAUAAUUUGCACAGCAUAGGAUCGAGCCUUAUAUUGGUCUGAAAGUUUAAAUAUAGAUAAUUUUAAUAUUUGAUAUCAUAAAACAGUCAGAAGAAACCAGUCGAGCUGCACUGAAAACAAACUGAAGCUCUCUCUCUCUGUCUCUGUUUCUGAGUCUACACUGCUCUGACUGAGCGGGAUCAGUCUAUGUGCUGGGCGGUGACUCAGCCUGUUGCUUUGUUUUUGUUUGUAUCUGUUUAAAUCUGUAUAUAUACGCUGUCAUAUGACUUCUACCUGUACGAAGAAUCAACUGAUCUAUUUAUGAGACUAAUGAUGAUCAUGACGCUAAUUAUUCUAACUACAAGAAAAUAUAAAAUAUUGUCUGAAGACA